CUCGUCCGUGAAAAGUGAUCGGCAAACUUAUUUAUUAAUUACUAAUUAAGGAAUAAGCAUUAAGAUGGUGCUCCCGUUAUUGCAGCGUUCCAGUCUUCGUGGCGUUCAACAAAUAACGAAGCCUUGGGCAGCUUCCAUUGGAAGCUUGCGUCUGGCCUCCCAGGAUUUUCGCGUGGAAAGCGACACCUUUGGCGAACUGAAGGUUCCCGCGGAUAAGUAUUAUGGCGCCCAGACCAUGCGAUCCCAGAUCAAUUUCCCCAUCGGCGGAGCUACUGAACGAAUGCCCAAACCCGUGGUGCAGGCCAUGGGCAUCCUGAAGAAGGCCGCCGCCGAGGUGAACAAGGAGUUUGGACUGGACAGCAAGGUGAGCGAGGCGAUCUCGAAGGCGGCCGACGAUGUGAUCUCGGGCAAGCUGUACGCCGAUCACUUCCCGCUGGUCAUCUGGCAGACGGGAUCGGGCACCCAGAGCAACAUGAAUGUGAACGAGGUGAUCAGCAAUCGUGCCAUUGAGCUGCUGGGCGGCAAGUUGGGCUCCAAGACGCCCGUGCAUCCCAACGAUCAUGUGAACAAGUCGCAGAGCUCCAACGACACCUUCCCCACGGCCAUUCACAUCUCGGUGGCGCUGCAGCUGAACAACAACCUCAAGCCGGCGAUCAAGACGCUGCACGAUGCGUUGCGGGCCAAGUCGGAGGAGUUCAAGGACAUCAUCAAGAUCGGACGCACCCACACCAUGGACGCGGUGCCACUGACGCUGGGCCAGGAGUUCAGCGGCUAUGCCCAGCAGUUGGCCUACGCCCAGGAGCGGAUCGACGCCUGUCUGCCGCGUGUCUAUGAGCUGGCUCUGGGCGGCACUGCCGUGGGCACGGGUCUGAACACCCGCAAGGGAUUUGCGGAGAAGUGCGCGGCCAAGAUUGCCGAGCUGACCCACCUGCCGUUCGUCACCGCUCCCAAUAAGUUCGAGGCUCUGGCUGCCCGCGAUGCGAUGGUGGAGGUGCAUGGUGUGCUCAACACGAUCGCCGUCAGUCUGAUGAAGAUCGCCAACGAUAUACGUUUCCUGGGCUCGGGACCACGUUGCGGCCUGGGCGAGCUGUCGCUGCCGGAGAACGAACCGGGUAGCUCCAUCAUGCCCGGCAAGGUGAAUCCCACGCAGUGCGAAUCGCUGACGAUGCUCGCCGCCCAGGUGAUGGGCAACCAGGUGGCCGUGACCAUCGGCGGUUCCAACGGACACUUCGAGCUGAACGUGUUCAAACCUCUGAUUGUGUCCAAUGUGCUGCGCUCCAUUCGGCUGUUGUCUGAUGGAAGCAGAACUUUCACUGCCAACUGCGUUAAUGGAAUCCAGGCCAACCGCGAGAACAUUGCCAAGAUCAUGAACGAAUCCCUGAUGCUGGUGACCGCCCUCAAUCCGCACAUCGGCUACGACAAGGCGGCCAAGAUCGCCAAGACGGCGCACAAGAACGGAACGACCCUCAAGGAGGAGGCCAUCAAUCUGGGCUACCUCACCGAGCAGCAGUUCAAGGACUGGGUGCGACCGGAGGAGAUGCUGGGACCCAAGUAGUAGGCCAACCGUCUGACCUCAUUUCAUUCAUCGCUGCUGUCAACGAAAUUCCGUAUCGGCUUGUCGGGUUUAAGUUCGUUUGUAAUUGAAUCGCUCGGAACACACAGAUCAAUAAUAACUGAAAAUGCUGAAGCAAGCAAGCAAUGGGCUAAAGCUAA